UGGGAACUGGGGAAGCGCAGACAGGUAAGCGGGGAUUACCUCCUGCUCUCCGGCCUCCUGGAGUACUUAUGUUUUGUGGCAGGCCGGGGACGAGGCACCGCGCAGCAGGCAGUGGGCCAGGCCCGCAGCGGAGGCCAUAAUCAGGGAGCACAGCGGGGACCCGUUGAGGCGCCCGCUCUGACGCGGCCCAGUGCCGGCUGCGACCGCGCUGGAAGUAAGGCUGGGCAGACGGGACGCUGCUAGAAAACCGGCGAGCACCCCUCCUGCAGCGGCACACCUGGCCGGCUGCACCGCCACUUCCAGCCCCGCGUCCUUCCCCUUCCUUUCCCACGGCCGCCUAACCGCCCGUCGAAGUGUUUCUUGUCGCGAAACAGAAGAUUAACCGAGGCGGCGAGUUGGAGCGCAGAGCAGGGAAAAUCAACUCACCUUAAAGUACAAUAAAUUAUAAAACACCUGCUUUCCUGGUAGAUGGCCAGACAAGAACCUCAAGAGAGAAACUAUGACAAUAUGCUGAAGAUGAUAGAGGACCUGAACAGGGACCUAGAAAAACUUCUGGAGGAAAUGGAAAAACUGACAGUUCAGGCAACCUGGAUGGCAUAUGACAUGGUAGUAAUGCGUACCAACCCUGACCUGACCAAUUCCAUGAGGCGCUUGGAAGAGGCCUUCCUGAACUGCAGGGAAGAAAUGGAGAAAAAAUGGCAAGAAGUACUAAGAGAAUCUAAAGCUGAAGAGCAAAAAAAGGAAUAAGUUGAAUCUAUAUUCAACUGGCAGAACUGUAUCCCUUGGAAAGUCUCCAGUUUUUUUGUAUUCCAGGCAUGGAGGUUUCACAAACACCAUGGAAAACGGAUUGCUGUUCAUCUGACUAAGAACUAUGUAUGUGUUUACAUUUAUGGAAAUAUUUUUAUGAUAUAUUAAUAUUGUUGAAGAUAAAAGGUAACUACGUUUCUAAUCUUUAUUAUGCUCACCUUGUAGUGUACAUGCAUACAGAACUUAAGAUGCUAUGUUUUGGUUUUUUUUUCCUGGAUGAUCACACGCACUUCAUAGUCAAUAUGUGUAUGUGGAAUUCUUUAAUCCAUAAACAAAUUGAGUAGGGGAGGAGGGGAGGGUGUGCAGUACGCAACUACACUAAUGUGCCUUUCAAGGAAAAGUAAAUAUUUCAUUUUUUACCAAAUUAACAACUUUUGAUUUGCAGACUCAUCAUGCUACUUUGAUAUGAUAUUACCUACUAGGUGUUCAUUGACAGAAUUUUAUUAUUAGGUAGCUCAUCUGUAAUUUUAUUUUUUUCAUUAUAUUUCCUUGGAAUUUCAGCCAUUUAUUUGAAUUGACUGUCCCAGAAAGUUUGUUCUUUUGAAACUCUCCAAAAGUAAUAUCUCAUUUAAGAAAAAAAUGUUCAGUUAUAAACUACACUUUGUGUGGUAUGGUCUGUGGGAUUGCUGCUGAAACCAAAUUAAUCUUAUUAUAAAACAUGCCUUUCUCCCUAUGUUCUUACUGUAUGUUAUUAAAAAAGAGUAGUAAAAAAAUUUCUUUUGUAGUCAAGAUGCAGGCUAAGAGCACCACCUUGUGGCUUGCAGUUAGUUCAUAAAUAUUUUAUCUAAGCUGGAAAGCCAUGUAAGUUUCCAGUAAAAUUAUUAUGUUAAUAGGCUGAUUUACAGUGAGCAGCAACAUAGCAUCUAAUAGUAAUAGUAAAGUAAUAGUAAAGUAAUGUCAACUUGCCCUCCCUCCCCUCAUUUAUACCUAGUGUUUCUAGAGGCAGAUGGAAAGUUUCAUCUACAUUCUUGACUUUUGAUGCAGAAAAUAGGUCUUCAUUCCAGCCAAGGUAGGGCAAAAUAGCAGCACUUGAGGAAUCUUGCAAUUUGAUCACUCCUUGGAGGACCUUCAUGGCCUGUUUUCACUUUAGUACCUUGACUGCAUCAUCUCCAUUCUUUAAAUCUGCAUUAAGUACUUUUUUUUUUUUUUUUUUGAAAUGUCACAAUUCUUUUAACUGCUCAUGUAGUGUAGAGAUUUACUGAAUUUUAUGAUUGUGUGGUGUAACUUUUUGGUCAUCCUUUUUUUCACUUGUGGAAGUUCUUAACCCAAUAACCACGUGCCCAACAAAUACCCAGCUAUGACAAGGGGUAGGGAGAGAAGUUGGGAUGAGAACAAAACACUGCAGGUUAGGACUGUGUUUUGCAUGGAGUAUCUGGCUACCUUAGUAGACCAAACUGCCUCUUCCUCUCUAGACUUUUCUUCCCAGCUACAUAAUAACUACACGGGAUUUGGGGAGAUGCACCAGAACAGGGACAAGAUUAUUACAUUUGUCUUUCACUACUAACAAUUUUUUUUUUUUUUUUUUGAGAUUUAUUGAUAAUGAACUUGAAGGAAGAGUGAGUUUUGUUUCAUGCAUCUCAUCAUCUUUCAGCCCAGUUAGAUACCUUAGACCUGCAACAGAAACCAUACUGAAAUACACUGAUGUCCUCACUGAUGUCACAGGAGUACGUAAUACAAAUUUAACUUACAAAAAUAAAAAGGUGGUGGAUCAACACUUUCAUCUAGAGUUUACAUAACUUAAACAGCAAUCAAGAUUGCUGGGUUGAUAUCUCUAUCAUCCAUCAUGGAAUAUUUAUGUAAUGAAAAGUGUCAGUAACAGUUAAGCUUUAUGCUCAGUUGCAGUGAACUCUACUUCUGUGAUUUCAGCCCAUACAGCAGUUAUACACAAGUGCUUCCUGUACUGUAUUUUACAGAAAAGCAUGCUUCUGUGCAACAGCCACAAAUGCAAGAGAAGUUGGUACUGGUACACUGCCAGUCUAUGUGCCCAAAUAUAGCAGUAAGGAAUUCUUUCCUUAGCUAUUCUUUCCUAAGCUUCUAAUGGUAACAUUUCAUAAGCAAGUCACAAAUCAGCUGAACUUUGUUGGUAGCUGUUUUAGAUGCAGAUCUGGACAGACACUGGAAUUAGUUAAUGCUAAUUCAUAUUGCACAAAUAAUGACAGUGCUCAUCACAACAAAAUUUACAGAUCAUAGUUAUGUACCUAACUCGUCUUCAAGGCAAGAGUUGGAUGCCCAAGAAUUAACUAUCCAAGAGCUAGCAAACUAAGCCAUACACUGUCUCAUCCAAAAAGCCUGUAGUGACAAGAUAAGUGACAAGAUAAAGCAGAAUUGAGAAGGACCUGUGGGGCCUCUGCAUUUCACUUAGGCAUCUCACUCCUUGUUGAAAUAUAGCCUAAAGCUCUAGUUAGAAUAUUUCUUUCUUUCAGUACUGCUGCUUUCCAGUUCUCACCACCCUUUUGGCUGGCAUGACUGCUUUUCCCCAGCUAUGUAUAAGCAUCUCAGAACAGAUACUUUCUUGCAGCAACUUUACAAUGAUGCUGAGGGCCAACUGGUUUUACAGAAGAAAAAAGCUAGAUCAAUAGAAAGGACAACAUCUAAGACUUAAACUCAGGAUUUGCAAAUAGACUUUCUGAACAGCCAAACCAAAUUUACUUGUAUAGCCAUUAAUCAUCUUUGAAAGUUUCCAGGGAUCUACAGAUUGAAGAAUUCAAGGCUGUUACUGAGGUCACUACAACUCUUGGUAUCCAGAUCAUGCAUUUCAUUUGAACGUUCUACCAGGGAGUCUGAAGCACAUGUCUGUGCAUGAAAUAAGCAUGCACAUAGAAUUGUAUUCUCAGCCUUUAUGGCAAGCUUUACAACAACAAAUGAUAUACUGUAAAAUGAUUAGACCAUGCUUGGGCCUUGUUGAAUGAAGAGAAAUUGUUUUAAGCAU